GGAAACACGUGAGUUCAGGGAAAUAGAAACUGAAGUGUAGUUGAGCUGUUGUGUGUUUGUGUCUCUGUAUUAGUGCAGGAAAAUGGCAGAAGCCAGAAUUUCUCAGGAUGAGUUCUUGUGUCCGGUGUGUCUGGAUCUCCUGAAGGAUCCAGUGACCAUCCAGUGUGGACACAGUUACUGUAAGAGCUGUAUUACAGACUGCUGGAAUGAAGAGGAUGAGAAGAGAGUCUACAGCUGCCCUCAGUGCAGACAGACCUUCAGGCCAAGACCUAUUUUAGGUAAAAACACCAUCUUGGCUGAAAUGGUGGAGAAACUGAAGAAGACUAAACUUCAAAGUGUGGUUCCUGCUGGAGCUGGAGAUGUUCAGUGUGACGUCUGUACUGGAAGAAAACACAAAGCCGUCAAGUCCUGUCUGGUGUGUCUGGAGUCCUACUGUCAGAAUCAUUUUGAGCGUCACGAGGAGUUUCGCUCAGGAAAACGACACAAAGUGACUGAAGCCACUGGACGACUGCAGGAGAUGAUCUGCCAGAAACAUAAGAAGCUGCUUAAGGUUUUCUGUCGCACUGAUCAGAAAUGUAUAUGUGUGCUGUGUACGAUGGAUGAACAUAAAAACCACGACACUGUAUCAGCUGCAGCACAGAGGACAGAGAAACAGAAGCAGCUGAAGAAGACGCAGAAGACGUUCCAGCAGAGAAUCCAGCAGAGAGAGAAAGAUCUCCAGCAGCUGAGAGAGGCUGUGGAGUCUCAUAAGCGCUCUGCACAGACAGCAGUGGAGGACAGUGAGAGGAUCUUUACUGAGCUCAUCCGCUCCAUUGAGAGAAGCCGCUCUGAGCUGAUACGGCUGAUCAGAGAUCAGGAAAAGCAAGCAGUGAGUCGAGCUGAAGGACGACUGGAGCGACUGGAGCAGGAGAUCAAUGAUCUGAGGAGGAGAGACGCUGAGCUGGAGCAGCUUUCACACACACAGGAUCACAUCCAGUUCCUGCAGAGUUUCCAGUCUCUCUCAGCUCCUCCUGAAUCUACAGACGUAAAUGAUGAUCUCUUGAGUUCUCUCGUCUCUUCUGAUGAUCUGAGAGAAUCUGUUCAUCAGCUGAGAGACAAACUGGAGGAUUUCUGCAAAGAGGAGCUCAAGAAGAUCUCAGACAGAGUCACAUUCACCAACAUUGUUCUCAGGACCAGGAACCACUUCCUACAAUAUUCCCAUCAGUUCACUCUGGAUCUGAACACAGCACAUAAACACCUCCGUCUGUCUGAGAGAAACAGAGUGAUUACUCGCACUGGCACAGUCCAGUCGUAUCCUGAUCAUCCAGACAGAUUUGAUGUGUAUCGUCAGGUGUUGUGUAGAGAGAGUGUGUGUGGACGCUGUUACUGGGAGCUGCAGUGGAGUGGAGAUGAUGUGUGUAUAUCAGUGUCAUAUAAGAGCAUCAGCAGGAAGGGAGUGGGUAAAGAGUGUGUGUUUGGAUAUCAUGAUCAGUCCUGGAGUUUGAUCUGCUCUUCCUCCAGAUACUCAUUCUAUCACAAUAACAUACAGACUGAUCUCUCUGUGAAGUCCAUCAGCAGUAGAAUAGGAGUGUUUGUGGAUCACGGAGCAGGAACUCUGUCCUUCUACAGCGUCUCUGACACAAUGAGCCUCAUCCACACAGUCCAGACCACAUUCACUCAGCCGCUCUAUCCUGGGUUUGGGUUUGGAUUGCUUUGGGGUUUUAAUGCUGGAUCAUCAGUGAAACUGUGUUGAUGAAUCAGAAUAGAUUGACGAGAGACUCUACCCAUAAUGCUUUGAGCUGCAUGAUAAAUCAGUAAUAGCGAGAUGUUAUAGUUUCUUAUGCAAAACAUUACACAUCUCUUGCAAAAGCAAACACUUAUUUCCAAACUAUUUUAAUUAUUAUAAAAGUUGUGCUUUUGCAUAAUAACUCACACUAAAGCAUAAAAUGAUUGGCCACAUACACGCUAAACUACACAGACAUGACGAAUGUAAAACACUCCUAUCGUGUGUCUUGUGUUGUUCAGUGUGCAGGAGUUUGUCAUAACACUCACAUGAACAUAUAUGCGCAAAUGAUAAACUUUACAGUUAUUGAACUCAACUGAAUCAACACUGAACUGACUUGAGAUUAUGACUCUAUUGGCUUGUUAGAGCUGCUUUACAGCUGAAUCUGAAUUUGUUGUUACUGUUUUAAAACAGUCUGCAUUGUAUAAAGCAUUAUAGAAAUAAAGGUGACUUGACUUGUAUGCAUAUUCAGUAUAUAUUUACAAAAUACUGUAAACAAAAAUCUUCUGACCUUUGAUUUCUAAGUGAUCAAAUUAGGUAUACACUACAAAAAGAAAUGCAAGGGGGACAAAUAAUUUGCUUCUUCCUCAAUACAUUGAGUUUUUUUCUAAGUGGACAAAUUACGUCUAAAUGUUUCCACACAUGAUCAUUACGUGUAGGUCAUUAGUAAAUGAGUGUGGCAUUUAAAUCGUUUCCCAAAUGAAAAACAAGUUAGUUUUGAAUGAUGCGUAUAAUGUGCAGAAUGUUGUUUAGUGUUUUGCUAAAGGUUUGUUUUAUAAGAGCUAACUGAAUGUAAAGCAGAUGAUGUGCUUGCAGCUUUGUAGACUUGGUCUGUAGUUUCGGUAUAUGAGUGAAUGAUUUCACGGUGUGUGUCUCAAGAACCGCUUCAACGCAGCGAACCUUCAGUUCAGUGUUUCUUGAGUUGUGAUGCUGAGAGACUGAUAUCAGCAAAACCUGUGAAGACCAGUUCUGAACCAUGAACAGCAGAAGGUGCUGGACCAGAAUCUGCCAAAAGAGUUUUAGAAUACAUAACCCUGAACUAAUAUUCCCACAUAGCCAAAAACACAAGUGAUUACAGACUGAAGUGCAGCACUUUGACAUUAUGAUUCACACAGACACACUACUGUACACAGCGUCAAAAAUACUGUUACAUUUAUGAUUAAAAUCAUCAGCUGUGGUUGCCAGAAAAUCAUCACAAAAAUACUGUGAUUUUGGGCCUCAUUAAUAAAGCGUGUGCACACAGAUUUGAUCUUAGAAUGUGUGUCUGCUUGAAUCCACACCGGCGCUCAUAUCUGUAAAAACUGACGUGGAGAAGUGCUUAGCAUCCAAUGCUUACAUUCAGUUAGCUAUCCCGGGGGUGCACAUCACAAAAGAUCUCACCUGGACCACCAACAUCACGUCACUCAACAAGAAGGGACAACAGCACCUCUAGUUUCUCCAUCGGCUGAAAAGGGCAAGUCUCCCUCCACCCAUCCUCACCACCUUUUACAGGGGCACCAUUGAGAGUGUGCUGACCAGCUGCAUCACUGUCUGGUAUGGGAACUGCAGUGCUGCUGCCCGCAAGACCCUACAAGAAAUUCUGAGUGUGCUACACACAGAUGAGUGGGCUAUACAAACCACCUGUAGUAACGCACUCGUCCCACUAUAUGCACACUAGACACUUUCUAUAAACACUCCCAACAAAGACUCAAUAAGAUAAUAUAUGUUUACUUGAAUAUUGCACUACAAAAUAAUUGCACUACUAAAUCUUUUGCACUAUGCACUGCUUCCCACAAAAUCUCUCUUCUGAACAAUUUAAUGUACAAAAUAUAUAUUUUCUGCACAAUUUCAUGUACAAAUAUCUUGUUAGCACAAUUUCAUGUACAGUAUUUAUGUAAAGUUCUUGUACAGUCUCAGUUUGUGUAUGUGUAGUCAACUAGGUAUAGUAGUUAUAGUAUUUAUAUGUAUAGUCAGAUGGUUAAACUGUUGUAUAGCUCUAUUGUUUUUCCUAUAUUUGCAUUGUUGUAUGUUUAUCUUAUGUUUAACUAGUAUGUAGCACCGUGGUCCUGCGAGACACGACAUCUCAUUUCACUAUAUGUCAACACAUGUAGCAGAAUGACAAUAAACCUGACUUGACUUGAUCACGUCAGGGUCUGAGCAGACGUGUACUUUGUCUUGUUGGAGUUCUGCAGGUUUUUGGAGAUGUAAGCUGUUCUUGCAGCUCGCUGUUCUAAAUUAAAGGAUUUGGAUGAUGA